AUGGACAUAAGCCUGAAACAUUUGCUUGCUGAACUCCUCGUCAUGUACAUGCAUGGUUCUGUGGAAGUUCGAGGUGCAACUGUUCCACAGAAAUACCUUGUCUUCCAAAAGUUGUAUCAUUCGAGUGAAAUAGAUAAUAUUGCAGUCAAAAAAUAUAAGAAAAUAACAACUGUACACUUUGACGAUAGAUUGUCCAGCUUGGACGAACAAAAAAGUGUUCAUGAUGAUAUUGGCAGAGAGUGUUCCGAAAACAACUAUCCAGUUCCAAGUGGUGAAAUUAUUAAAACUAGUCUUGUCAUUGAGGAAUCUAUGAACUUUUUGAAAAGUCAACACGAACUUAAUGUUUCUUUCAGUCUGAAUGGUUGCAAUAAUGAAAACGAUAACGAGCCUAGAAAUGGGAAAGAUGCAAUCGUAAUAAGUGGCGAAAUUUGA